AUGUUUAAUUUUUUUUUUUUUCUUUUAACAAUAUAUUUACUCUUCGCUACCUGCGUUGUCAACGUAAAGGCCCAAAGCGAAAGUAUUAUAAAGACUGAGAGCAUAGAGAUUAGUUACGAUGAAAAUUCAAGACAUUUAUACAUCGAUAGCAUUAAUAAGGACAAUUGCAAUAAACAAAAAUAUUAUAUAAAUGAGCAAUGUAAAAUAGAUAAUCCCAUGGAAAAUAAUGCUGAAAAUGAGAGAAUGUCAUGUUUAAACGGAGACAAUUGCUCUGAUAUAUUAACAUAUAUAUAUGAAAAAAAUGGAAUAGAUAUAGUUCAUGAAAAAGAUUAUCACAAAUUCCCUUUUUACGAUGAUUUAAGUUAUGAAAUAAUGGGAUGCGAUAAAAUAGUAUAUUUAAAUAAAAAUAUAAAGUGUGUAUGUUGUAUAGAAAAUCGAAACAAUGGGCUCGAAGAAAACACAGAAGAGCCAAUCAUAGAUUUAGAAAAAACAAAAAUUGACAAUCUUUAUAAUUUCAAAGAAUGCAAAUGCAUAUUAAAUUAUCAAUUAAAAAAAAAUGAAAUUAUUAAUUCUAACAAAUGCGAUAACUUUAAUUGUGCAGAAGGAUUUUGUACCCUUCAAUUAAAUGGACAACCUUAUUGUUCUUGUUUUGAAAAUUAUUAUUUUGAUAAAAAACUUAAUUCAUGCACAAAACAUGAACAACAAAUUCAAAAACAUGAUGAUGAUUCAAUACCAAAAAGUUUAUCAUCUGAUCCAAUAAAUGAUCCCCAAAGUUUUGACCAGGACGAGGAUACAAACAAUCACAAAUCCACUAGCCAACAUGAAGAUACAUCAACAAAUAAUGAUACCAAUGUUUUAAUCCCAGAUCCAAAUCUUCAGGAUUGCCAAGAAGAUAGAUUAACAGAUGAAACUUCACAAUGUAAAAAAGGAAACAAGGAUAAUGAGAAUAAUACAAAGGAAAAUAUUUGCCUUAGGUUAGAAUGCUUUAUUAAUUCAAACAAACCCGAAUGCGUUUGUUUAAAUAAAAAUGGAGAUAAAAUAUCAAAUAAUAUAUUUGAUGUUUCAAAUAUAUCUAUCUGCACACUUAAUAAUAUUAAUUGUGAUUAUGGUAUAUGUAAUAACAUAUUAAAUAAAAAUGAACUUGGAUGUAUUUGUGAUAAAAAUUACAAAUAUAAUCAUUCAUUAAAAACGUGUAUUAGUUCCUCUAAAAUACAUAUUUUAAAUUUUACAAUCUUAUUUUUAUUGUUUUUAUUAUCAUUUAUAUAA